CGCAGUGAAUGUGCUUCCCCUAGUUGGGUUAUCUCAAAUUGGCUCCGCUGAAUCAUCUUCCUCAUAUAACAGGAAAAUGGCCAGUGUCCUAUCGAAUACACCAAAAGCAGCGAUCUAUAUGAGCCUCAACUCCAAACAGCGCACAAUAUUAUCAGCAAUUAAAGAUUCCGUCACUGAAAGCGCAAAGCAAAACCCCCUUGAAUGGGCCCACGCCGCUUUUUUCUACGAGCUGGAACCGGACCAUUGAAGCCGUCAAAAUUGGGCACAACCUACUGCUCCUGCGACAAAUAUUUUGGAAACGUCGUUAAAAUCCUUUGCUGGGUGAUCUCGAUUUUUGACUCAAGCGAUAUAUGAAUACACACACAUAUAUAUCUUGACCAACAGACGCAUAGGAGGAGAGAUAGACUGUAAAGUAAACUGCAGGUGCAUUUUUGGGGGGAGGUAAACUCGCUGGAGAUGAUGAGCUGCAGCUAGCUAUCUAUAACGUUAGUUUGGAAACAUUGCUAUUGCAAACGACAAGUAUCUCUCUCGAACCGGCCUAUCAAUUAUGGUCUCUGGGGACAGAUGUUUAUGUUCGGUGCCAAUGCUUAGUAUUAAUGCCUUACAAGUCACUCGUUUAAC